GCCUUUUUGACCUUACUGUGAUAUCUUUCGCGCUAAAAAUGUGGGACUGUUGAUCUGAAAGCCACUGCCGUCCUUAUCGGUAAACCCGUCGAUUAAUCCAAUUUUCAACAGCGUCUCAAACUUCAAAAAGUCAUGAAAGAAAAUUCUAAAAAAAAAAGUCAUAAAAGAAAGAAAAAAGAAACCUGUUAAUUAAAAACCCAAAACAAGAAAUUAAAAUCCCUGCCUAACAAAACCCCACGCGCCGCCUUACGCGCCUGCGAUAUCGUCCCCAAGCUUCGAGAAGAUGGAGAAGCCCAAGCCGUCGGAGACCGAGAAGAAGCCGCCAGAUCCGGUCGAAGAUUCGAAUCUGAACCCAGAUCCGAAGGAGUCCGGCAAGGCUGUGAACGGCGAUGGAGAGCGGGGAGGUCUCGCGGUUGGAUCUGAAUCUGAGGCUGAUCAAUCGACGAACCGAUCGCCGUCCGGAUCGAAAAAAUCGGUCCGUUGGAGCCCCGAGUUGGUGUCGGAAUCUACUUACAACAUUACUUCAUCUGACGGAUCCAAUCCCUACGUCGCCUCUUCGCCUGCGAAUUCCUCUUCAUUCUCCUUCAAUGAGACGGUGUCGUCGGUGAGAAAUGUGCUUGGGAGGUGGGGAAAGAGGGUGGGAGAAGCGACGAAGGAGGCUGAGGAUCUCGCUAGAAACACAUGGCAGCACUUGAAAACGGGCCCAAGUUUUGCUGAUGCUGCCUUAGGAAGAAUUGCACAGGGGACUAAGGUCUUGGCAGAAGGCGGUCAUGAGAAGAUCUUUCGAAAGACAUUUGAGACAGUUCCGGAGGAGCAACUCCAAAAUUCUUUUGCAUGUUACCUAUCCACAUCAGCAGGUCCUGUAAUGGGAAUUCUAUACGUUUCUACAGCAAAGCUUGCAUAUUGUAGUGAUGAUCCUCUUUCCUAUAAAGCUGGUGACCAAACUGAAUGGAGCUAUUAUAAGGUUGUUAUUCCAUUACAUCAGCUCAAAGCGGUUAAUCCAUCAUCAAGCAGAUCCAAACCCUAUGAAAAGUAUAUCCAGGUUAUCUCUGUUGAUAAUCAUGAAUUUUGGUUCAUGGGCUUCUUAAAUUAUGAUGGGGCUGUGAAAUGCCUACAAGAAGCUUUAGAAGGCCGCAUCUUACAGUCUGCUUGAAAACUGUCUUGUGAAGCAGCAUUCACCCGAUUGUAUUACGCACUUUAGCUGAAAUCAAGAAGUUAUACGGCUUCAAUAAUUUAUAUCAUUUCAUGGUUCACAGAUGAGAGAUUUUUGGGAGGACAGAUGAUAUGGUAGUUUGAGUUCUUUUUUCCAGUCCAUGUAUUGGGCUUUGCAUGUUGUAACUUUCUUGCAAACCUGAAACGGGCAUUAAAUUUUUUUGCGUAACUGGCAAGUUUUGUAUAUUUUCAGGUGAUUUAAGUCUUGAAUAUGUUUCAUUGACCCUCAAAAUUAGGUCCGGUGACAAAUUGGUGCCUAGAUAGAGGUAGAAAUUAGAGAUUAGACUCUAGAGUGGUAAGUUAUAUUGCUAGCUCUCAGGAAGAAAAAAAAAAAAAAAGGUGGUAUGCUGGGAUUAAACUGGUCUUGUGGUAGAUCUACUUGGCACAAAGAUUACUGAGCUGAUACCUGUCCCGUGUUGCUAAAAGUCUUGUGUAAGCGUCAACAACGGAGGAGAAUUUCAUUGGGUAACUCGUUUGUAGAUUUCUCUUUGAUGGGUAGAAAGAAUAAAACCAGUACUAGCUUUAUUUACAACCGUGCUUCCUACCAACUCCAUCAAUUUUCCCAGAUUGGGAUAUUGAUUUAGCCACCACUUGAACCUGCAACUGCUGCCUCUGCCUACUUCUUGUGCUUACUUUCCCAGCCUUGCAGGUGUGGACUUCCGACUGCUUGGGUGCGCUAGGCCUGUAUCCCCAGAUUUUCCCAUACUGUUCUAUUACCAGGUCUGUAUAUUUCAUGCCUAGCUGUGAAUUUUUUUUUUUUUCUGGAAGAAAAUAAAAGCAAGUUUUUCUCUUGGAAUUCGCAUAUGCUUGUUCCACUUGAAGUCUUGUAGUUCAAAGUGUACAAAUUAAUAUUCGCCCAACAGCAAAGCAAGACCACCCAAACCAAACCAUGGUUUAGUAAAGGUUC